AUGACCAGAGCAAACCCACCCAAGCCUGUUGGACCAGAGCAGACCCAUCCAACCCACCCACGGGACCAGAGCAGACCCACCCACCCACGGGACCAGAGCAGACCCACCCAGCCUACGGGACCAGAGCACACCCACCCAGGCUGUGGACCAGAACACACCCACCCAGCCCGUUGGACCAGAACACACCCACCCAGCCUGUGGGACCAGAGCGCACCCACCCAGCCCGUGGAACCAGAGCACACCCACCCAGCCCGUUGGACCAGAACACACCCACCUAGCCCGUUGGACCAGAACACACCCACCCAGCCCGUGGGACCAGAGCGCACCCACCCAGCCCGUGGGACCAGAGCGCACCCACCCAGCCCGUUGGACCAGAGCGCACCCACCCAGCCCGUGGACCAGAACACACCCACCCAGCCCGUGGGACCAGAGCGCACCAACCCAGCCCGUGGGACCAGAACACACCCACCCAGCCCGUGGGACCAGAGCGCACCCACCCAGCCUGUGGGACCAGAGCACACCCAACCAGUCGUGUAA